CCACAACGCAAGCUGAUCAUCUCUUAAUUUAACUGAAGUUGCCAUUCUCUCCAGUCUCGAUACCUGAAAAAGAAAAAAAAAUAUGGCAGCCGCUUCCAAGUCCUCGAUCUUCUUCCUUUUUGCUGUCUUCCUCGUUGUCUCAUUCUCCAACGUGGAGGUUGCAAUGGCGGCUCGCCAGAUUCUCUCAGCCAAAGAAGUCCCUGUCCCUGCCGGCGUUCCGGUUUCAGUUCCAGCCGUUGCCGGGGUUCCCAGCGUCAAUGACGUUCCCGUUUCAGUUCCAACCGUUGCCGGCGUCCCGAGCGUCGAUGACGUUCCCGUUUCAGUUCCAACCGUUGCCGGCGUCCCGAGCGUCGAUGACGUUCCCGUUUCAGUCCCAACCGUAGCCGGCGUCCCAAGCGUCGAUGACGUUCCCGUUUCAGUCCCAACCGUUGCCGGCGUCCCAAGCGUCGAUGACGUUCCCGUUUCAGUCCCAACCGUUGCCGGCGUCCCAAGCGUCGAUGACGUUCCCGUUUCAGUUCCAACCGUAGCCGGCGUCCCAAGCGUCCAUGACGUUCCUGUUUCAGUCCCAACCGUUGCCGGCGUCCCAAGCGUCCAUGACGUUCCCGUUUCAGUUCCAACCGUUGCCGGGGUCCCAAGCGUCGAUGACGUUCCGGUUUCAGUUCCAACCGUAGCCGGCGUCCCAAGCGUCGAUGACGUUCCCGUUUCAGUACCAACCGUUGCCGGUAUCCCAAGCGUCGAUCACGUUCUGGUUUCAGUCCCAACCGUUGCUGGGGUUCCCAGCGUCGAUGACGUUCCGGUUUCAGUUCCAGCCGUAGCCGGGGUUCCGGUUUAAGUUCCAUCCGCACCUGGGGUUCCACCAUCGCCCGGAAAAUGGAGAUGAAGAUCUACGAAUGAAUGUUGUGUUGUAUUGUUAUUAUUGCUAAGUGGCUUCUGUUCGUAAUUCCCCGAUAUGAAGUAAAGGCUUAGACUGGCCGCUACGUAGGGUUUUGUUCUAGCAAAACCUUGGUAAUAUGUAUGAUGUAAAAAGCUUAAGUGGAAUAAGAGUUACUCCAAAGG